AUGCCUGAUAAUCCUUCUAAUGGGUUCACAAAUCGUGAGUCUAUGGAAUUAGCCGAUAUCAUUGAAGAGAUCGAGUGUAAUCGACGUAAAAUCACCGAACUCAUCGAACGGAAUGAGGAGCUUGAACAACGAAAGGCUGAGAUUGAAUUUUCUCUAGAGAUUAGACAUGCUGAGAAAGCUGAAAAAAUUGCUGCUACAAAGUUUGACGGGACAUUUCCAUGGAGUGACGAAGUGGACACCAUCCUGAAGAAGGUUUUCCGUCUGUCCUCAUUUCGUCCUCUCCAAAAAGAAGUGAUUAAUGCGAUUAUGUCAAAUCUCGAUACACUCGUGGUUAUGAGCACAGGAGCUGGCAAAAGCUUAUGCUAUCAACUUCCAGCAGUUGCUAUGAAAGGGCUAAUCGUUGUGAUAUCACCUUUGAUAUCUCUCAUAGAAGAUCAACUUACUGCUUUACGGAAGUUGGGCAUUGAGGGAGCAUCUUUGAAUCAAUCAACACCAAAGGAUGAUGUAAAGCGAAUAGAAACUUAUAUAGCACAAUCCAACUCUCCUCUUCGCCUCCUUUAUAUCACUCCCGAGAAGUUGGCAAAAAGCAAAAGGCUGAUGAACAAGUUGGAAAAAUCGGCUGAAGUUGGAACGCUAAAGGCAUUUGCUAUUGAUGAAGUGCAUUGUUGCUCACAGUGGGGCCAUGAUUUUCGACCUGAUUAUAAGUUUCUGAAUAUCCUUAAACGUCAGUUCCCCAACGUACCACUCCUAGGAUUAACUGCCACUGCAACAGCCAAUGUGCUGUCGGAUGUGAAGAAUAUGCUGGAUAUACCAGACGCUGUUGUUUUCAAAGCCGGAUUCAACCGAACGAAUCUAUAUUAUGAAGUACUACAGAAGCCAGAUUCAGAUUUUGGAGAUGAACUAGCCAGGCUCAUCAAAAAGAGAUUUCCAGAACAAUCUGGCAUAGUUUACUGCUUUUCAAGAAAGGAUUGUGAAGAAGUUGCAACACAGCUGAGGGGGAAUGGUGUGCGAGCGGCAUUCUAUCAUGCUGACAUGGACUCAGCCCGUCGCACCGCCGUUCAUGAAAAAUGGACAAGCGGCAAGUAUAACGUCAUAGUUGCUACGGUAGCUUUUGGUAUGGGUAUCGACAAACCUGACGUACGCUAUGUCAUUCAUCACGCUCUGCCAAAAUCUGUCGAGAAUUAUUUCCAGGAAAGUGGACGAGCUGGUCGUGAUGGCUUGCCUGCAGUCUGUAUUCUAUACUUUCGUCUGGCAGAUAUGUUUCGUCAAAGCACAAUGGUUUGUACUGAACGAACGGGUAUUAGGAAUUUAUACUCAAUUGUUCGCUACGCGACCACGCCUGGAGAAUGUCGACGUAAACAUCUUGCCGAUCAUUUUGAGGAAAAAUGGAGGACUGAGCUAUGUCCAAAAGCUUGUGAUGUGUGUGCAAAUCCAUUGGAAGUUGCAGAAGUUGAUAUCUCACAAAUAGUUCGAACAAUGCUAAAGAUUAUAAGCGAGCAAAAAUCGAGCGACCGUGGCUCAAAUCGUAUCACUGGUGCAAAACUUAUAGAGCUUACGUCUAAGCAACGUGUUGGAUCAAAGACGCUUGUUGAAGCAGCUUUAUGCCAUGCACUCCUCAGUGGAUAUUUAAAACAGGACUUUCACUUCACUCCAUACGCUAUUCAUAGUUACAUUGUUGGUGGGCCGAAAGGUGAACGUGCGCAGCAGUCACAAAUCUUAAUGAAAUGUAAGUCGAAUGAUCGCGAAGCGCCUCCGAAACAUGCAAAGAAACGUAAGCUCGAUCAGGAUGGCGACUGCAUUGUUUUGGAGUAA